ACAGUUUGGUUGUUUGCACAGACACCUGUCUGUCUGCACUUUAUGCCACAGGGCUGCCUAAUUCCUCACCUUCCACCCACCUAAUUCGAGGGCAAGGGGGCCUCAUUUUAGAGCCUCACGUUGAAGGCUCAGGAUCUGAAAGGGAAGGGUUUUCCUUAGGAACCUGUGACUUAACAAACUCCCCCUGUCACUGCAGAUUUUUUUUUUUUUCCAGCUUCUAAACGUUGGGUUGUUGGUGUCCUUUGGUUGAGCUUUUCCUAGUUCUGAUAUUUAGGAAGGUGGCUUUGAAACUAGCAGGGCUGCUUAAGCAAGAGCUACAGCUAUUGAACAAACUGCUACCAUUUUAGCUUCAAUACAGGAAUGAGGCAGUGUUGCCAGACGCCAUUUUAAGAAUCCUGCAUAAAUAGCUUAGCUACCGAUGACUCUGCCUGUUUUAGCUUGGCUGAAGAGGAAAUAAAAACAGAACAGGAGGUGGUGGAGGGCAUGGAUAUCUCUACUCGCUCCAAAGAUCCUGGCUCCACAGAGAGAACAGCCCAGAAAAGAAAGUUCCCCAGCCCUCCGCAUUCCUCCAAUGGCCACUCGCCACAGGACACAUCAACAAGCCCCAUUAAAAAGAAAAAGAAACCCGGCUUACUGAACAAUAACAAUAAAGAACAGUCAGAACUAAGACAUGGUCCGUUUUACUAUAUGAAGCAGCCACUCACCACAGACCCUGUUGAUGUUGUACCGCAGGAUGGACGAAAUGAUUUCUACUGCUGGGUUUGUCACCGGGAAGGCCAAGUCCUUUGCUGUGAGCUCUGUCCCCGGGUUUAUCACGCUAAGUGUCUGAGACUGACAUCGGAACCAGAGGGGGACUGGUUUUGUCCUGAAUGUGAGAAGAUUACAGUAGCAGAAUGCAUCGAGACUCAGAGUAAAGCCAUGACAAUGCUCACCAUUGAACAGUUAUCCUACCUGCUCAAGUUUGCCAUUCAGAAAAUGAAACAGCCAGGGACAGAUGCAUUCCAGAAGCCCGUUCCGUUGGAACAGCAUCCCGACUAUGCGGAAUACAUCUUCCAUCCCAUGGACCUUUGUACAUUGGAAAAGAACGCUAAGAAGAAAAUGUAUGGCUGCACAGAAGCCUUCCUGGCUGAUGCAAAAUGGAUUUUGCACAACUGCAUCAUUUAUAAUGGGGGAAAUCACAAAUUGACGCAAAUAGCGAAAGUAGUCAUCAAAAUCUGUGAGCAUGAGAUGAAUGAAAUCGAAGUUUGUCCAGAGUGUUAUCUAGCUGCUUGCCAAAAACGAGAUAACUGGUUUUGUGAGCCUUGUAGCAAUCCACAUCCUUUGGUUUGGGCAAAACUGAAGGGGUUUCCAUUCUGGCCUGCGAAAGCUCUGAGGGAUAAAGAUGGGCAGGUUGAUGCCCGUUUCUUUGGACAACACGACAGGGCCUGGGUUCCAAUAAAUAAUUGCUACCUCAUGUCUAAAGAGAUUCCUUUUUCUGUGAAAAAGACCAAAAGCAUCUUCAACAGUGCAAUGCAAGAGAUGGAGGUUUACGUGGAGAACAUCCGCCGGAAGUUUGGGGUCUUUAAUUACUCUCCAUUCAGGACGCCUUACACGCCCAACAGCCAGUACCAAAUGCUGCUCGACCCCUCCAACCCCAGCGCUGGUGCUGCCAAGAUAGACAAGCAGGAGAAGGUCAAGCUCAACUUUGACAUGACGGCAUCGCCCAAGAUCCUGAUGAGCAAGCCAAUGCUGAGCGGGGGCACAGGCCGCAGGAUCUCCUUGUCGGACAUGCCACGCUCCCCCAUGAGCACCAACUCCUCCGUGCACACAGGCUCCGACGUGGAGCAGGACGCCGAGAAGAAGGCCACGUCCAGCCACUUCAGCGCGAGUGAGGAGUCCAUAGACUUCCUGGACAAGAGCACAGCUUCACCAGCCUCCACCAAGACGGGACAAGCGGGGAGUUUAUCCGGCAGCCCGAAACCUUUCUCUCCUCAAGUAUCAACACCAAUCACGACGAAAACGGACAAGACGUCCACCACGGGAAGCAUCCUGAAUCUUAACCUGGAUCGAAGCAAGGCGGAGAUGGAUCUGAAGGAGCUGAGUGAGUCGGUCCAGCAGCAGUCGGCCCCUGUGCCUCUCAUCUCUCCCAAGCGGCAGAUUCGCAGCAGAUUCCAGCUAAAUCUUGAUAAGACGAUAGAGAGUUGCAAAGCACAAUUAGGCAUAAAUGAAAUCUCAGAAGAUGUUUAUACGGCUGUAGAACACAGCGAUUCUGAGGAUUCCGAGAAGUCAGAUAGUAGCGGUAGUGACUCUAUCAGUGAUGAGGAGCAGAGGUCCAAGAAUGAGCCGGAAGAUGCCGAAGACAAAGAGGAUGCUCAGAUGGACAAAGAGCCAUCUGCUGUCAAAAAAAAGCCCAAACUGGCAAACCCCAUGGAGACAAAAGAGGAGCUGAAAGUCAGCACGUCGCCAGCCAGCGAGAAAGCAGACCCAGGCUUGGCCAAGGAGAAGACUAGCCCUCAGCCUGACAAGGACUUUUCAGACAAAGCAAAACCCUUGCCUCAUCCCACAAAGGAUAAGCUGAAGGGAAAAGAUGAGACGGAUUCCCCAACAGUGCAUUUGGGCCUGGACUCCGAUUCAGAGAGCGAACUUGUCAUAGAUUUAGGAGAAGACCAUUCUGGGCGGGAGGGUCGAAAAAAUAAGAAGGAACCCAAAGAACCGUCUCCCAAGCAGGAGGUCGUAGGUAAAGCUCCACCAUCCACGACGGCGGGCAGCCAGUCUCCCCCCGAAACGCCGGUCCUCACCCGCUCUUCUGCCCAAACUCCCACGGCUGGUGUCACGGCCACCACCAGCACCACAUCCACGGUCACGGCCCCGGCCGCCGCUGCCACAGGAAGCCCAGUGAAAAAGCAGAGGCCGCUUUUACCGAAGGAGACGGCCCCGGCCGUGCAGCGGGUCGUGUGGAACUCCUCAAGUAAGUUUCAAACGUCCUCCCAAAAGUGGCACAUGCAGAAGAUGCAACGCCAGCAACAGCAGCAAAACCAGCAGCAAAACCAGCAGCCUCAGUCUUCCCAGGGGACGAGAUAUCAGACCAGACAGGCCGUGAAAGCUGUCCAGCAGAAGGAGAUCACGCAGAGCCCGUCCACCUCCACCAUCACCCUGGUGACUAGCACCCAGUCGUCGCCCCUGGUCACCAGCUCGGGGUCCACGAGCACCCUCGCCUCUUCAGUAAGCGCAGACCUGCCCAUCGCCACCGCCUCAGCAGAUGUUGCCGCGGACAUCGCCAAGUACACUAGCAAAAUGAUGGAUGCAAUAAAAGGCACAAUGACGGAAAUAUAUAACGACCUUUCUAAAAACACUACUGGAAGCACGAUAGCCGAGAUUCGCAGGCUGAGGAUUGAGAUAGAGAAGCUCCAGUGGCUGCACCAGCAGGAGCUCUCGGAAAUGAAACACAACUUGGAGCUGACCAUGGCUGAGAUGCGGCAGAGCCUAGAGCAGGAGCGGGACCGGCUCAUCGCAGAGGUGAAGAAGCAGCUGGAGCUGGAGAAGCAGCAGGCGGUGGACGAGACCAAGAAGAAGCAGUGGUGCGCCAACUGCAAGAAGGAGGCCAUCUUCUACUGCUGCUGGAACACCAGCUAUUGCGACUACCCCUGCCAGCAGGCCCACUGGCCUGAGCACAUGAAGUCCUGCACCCAGUCAGCUACCGCGCCUCAGCAGGAAGCAGACGCCGAGGUGAACACGGAAACACUAAACAAGUCAUCCCAGGGGACCUCCUCCAACACGCAGGCAGCCCCCCCGGAAACCAGCAGCUCGAAAGAGAAGGAGACGCCAGCCGAGAAAAGCAAGGACAGUGGCUCGACCCUCGACCUUUCUGGCUCCAGGGAGACGCCCUCCUCCAUUCUCUUAGGCUCCAACCAAGGCUCUGUUAGCAACAGGUGUGACAAGCAACCUGCCUCUGUCCCAACCAGCACAGAUCACCAGCCGCACCCCAGCUACCCAGCCCAGAAGUACCAUUCCCGGAGCAGUAAAUCCAGUUGCUGGAGCGGCAGCGAUGAGAAACGGGGAUCGGCACGCUCUGAGCACAACGCCAGCACCAGUUCGAAGAGCCUCAUCCCGAAAGAGUCUCGGCUGGACACCUUCUGGGACUAGGGACACGUUGGGGCACAAGUCACCCAUCCCAUGGAGGAAAAAAAAACCAGACACCGGGAAAACCGGAAACAGCAAAGAAAUGUGAGACAGGAGAAUCGCCACCCUCAGACUGGAGGAUUCCAACCAUUCAGACUUGGCCUUUGCACCUGGCACGGAGGGCAGCCCGCACUACGUCACGCCCAGCAUUAGCCUUGACAGAGGAGCGUUCCACCCACAUGAAACCUAUGCUUUAGAUGUAAAUAAUGUACAAUUUGUGGAUGUCAUUGAACCUAGAGUACCUUCCCCUUUUUAUAUUUGUAUUGACUUUAACUUAUAAAAAAAAAAGAGAGAGAGAGAAAAACAAUUAAAAAAAAAGAAACACACCCAACAACAAAAAGAAUGUUUGAAUGUUGGAGAAGGGAUGGUCAGCCAGCCCACCUGUCACAGUGGUAUGGAGAGGGCGUGGGGAUCACCGUGGCACACAGGUCCUCAUCCUGGGAUGCCCAGGGGAAAGUGGGCCGUUUCCAUUCUUAUGUCUGUACACAGCACACUGGGAUCAGGAGUUUCCGACACAUAUUCGGUGCUGUCGUGGGCACGUCACAUCCAACCAUUGGCCCUUUUCAAAUGCUGUGUUAUCAUGUUUUAAAAGACAAGCUCUCUGGACCAGAAGGACAUGUGGAGGAGCUCGUUUAUUUUAUGUGAUUUCCAUGAUGACUCUACUCCUAUAAAAGGGAAAAAAAAAAACACCAACGUCCUUGUUUACAGAAUAUCAACUAGAAACAAGCCCUGCUCAGCUCAGUUGCAGAAGGGAAGAACUUAGAGAGGGUUCAAGUCAGAAGCUCUGAAACAGAUCUUUUCUUUGCUUUGUGGUUCCUUUAAAGACACUCACACCCACUUGGUAGGAGACGGGCCGUGCUUUGCGGAAGUGAGAAGUCAAAGGCAAGACGCACGCGGAGGACAUUUCAGUCUGGGAUGAAGCAUGUAUGUAUGAUUUAUGUUUUUAUGUCAGCAUGAAACAAAGGCAGUGUGGGAAGACACAGGACACCGCUGCGCUGUCUGUUACACUACGUAUGCUGUAGUACCGUUUUGUAUGUUGUGUAAAACAAGAAGCAUUGAACAAAGCAAAAAGGUGAUGUAUGUAUAUGAGAAAAAUUAAUUGUACGAUAUCAUUCCAGUACCUUCUGUUGUACAUUUUAGUCUCGUUUCCUUUCUCUUCAUUGUUGAUAAGAGGAUGCAAACUGUACAGUUUCCAGCUAGUUACCCAUAUUAGAGAAGAAAUAAAAAGAGAGUAUUAGAAGAAAACAGGAGAGAAAGAACAUUUGUGAAUUGCAGUUGUCAAAAAAAAAAAAUAGCCUAGCUGGCCUUAUUUGUGAAGCAUAAUUGCUUUUAGCAUAUGGAAGUAUUUUUUCACAUUUUCUUUGUAUAAAAUUUGUAUUAAACUUAAAUAUCUUUUUUGAUGAUGGUGUUUCUUUGUGACUGAGCCAGUGGACUCACACGGUAUGCUCUUUUGGGUUCCCCCACCCCCCAAUUUUUUCAGAUUCUUCACCUUUUUUUAAUUAAACUGUUUU